GCCAGGUGUGCGUGAUGCGAGAAGGGGCGCGGCGUGGCGUGACGCCCUAGGCCCCGCCCGCCCCCGCAGCUUUCCAGAGGCGCGAGGAGACGCUGCGCGAGAGUCUCCCGCCCGAGCCCGCGAACGCUGCAGGUGGAGGCGGCCCAGCCCGGGCGGGCGAGUAGGAAGCGGCCGCUGACGGGCUGGGGAAGGGGCCGGGCCGGGCCGCCCUCCAGCAGCAGCAGUCCGCCACCACCGCUCGGGAUCCCCGGAGCCAGGCCUCGGGCGCGCUACCAUGGCGGCAGCGGCCGAGCCGAGCGCGGCGCCUCUGUUGCGGGACGAGGCGGAGGAAGCGGCGGGCGGCGGCGACCUGGAGGUGAACCCUUUCGACGGGCUGCCCUUCUCCUCCCGCUACUAUGAGCUGCUGAGCCGCCGCCGCCGCCUCCCCAUCUGGGCCUCCCGCUUCGCCUUCCUGGAGCAGCUGGAGAGCAGCGCCGGCCUCGUCCUGGUCUCGGGCGAGCCGGGCACCGGCAAGAGCACGCAGGUGCCCCAGUGGUGCGCAGAACAAGCCCUCUCGGUACAGUUUGCCCAUGGCCGAGUGGUCUGCACCCAGCCUCAUAGUUUGGCAGCCCUCAGCCUGGCAUUGCGUGUGGCUGAUGAGAUGGACCUCAAUGUGGGCCACGAGGUGGGCUAUUGUGUACCCCACGAGGACUGCUGCGUCUCGGAGACCCUGCUCAGGCAGUUGUCAUCUAGCAAAAGGCCACAGACCAUCAAGUUCCCUAAGAGAUCACUGUUUUGCUUGGACGAAGUCCUGUUGCAAGAGAUGACCUCGGACCCCCUUCUGCGGCAGUACGGGGUGGUGGUGCUGGACGAGGCUCAGGAGCGCACUGUGGCCACGGAGCUGCUGUUGGGGCUGCUAAAAGACGUGCAGCACCAACGCCCAGAGCUGCGCUUGGUGGUGGUGACCGAGCCUCUCCUGGAGGAGCAGCUGUGCCAUUUCUGCCAGGAUGCCCCUGUGGUGCGGGUCCCAGGGCUUGGCCCAGCCCCACACUUGACCUACAGAGACCCCCUCCCAGGGGGCCACGUACCUGCUGCCUGCCAAGCUGUGCUGGAGCUUCAUCGACAAAAGGAGGCUGGCGACGUGAUGAUCUUCAUGGCCAGUGAGCAGGAGAUCAAGGAGUGUUGCGAGACCCUUCGAGCAGAGGCUCCAUUCUUGGAGGGCAGCUUGGGACCCCUGCUGGUGCUGCCUCUGCAUGCAGCUGUGGGGAGGGACAGCCAGAAGUUGUAUGAGGACAGCCUGGGUGACCAGGGACGCCGAGUCAUUGUCACCCACUGGCUGGCAGACGCAGCCUUCUCUGUGAGCAGCGUCAGGCACAUCAUCGAUACGGGGACGGAGCUGCGCAAUGUCUACAACCCCCGGAUCCGGGCUGCCUCACAGGAAUUGCGCCCCAUCAGCCAGAGGCAGGCAGAAGCCCGACGGCUCAGGGCUGCUGGCACUCCACCAGGGAGCUGCUUGCGCCUCUAUUCAGAGGCUUGCUACGAGCAGAGGCUGCCGGCUGUCUCCCCCACUCACCUCAUGGAGGCUGACCUUCGCCGUCCCAUCCUACUGCUCAAGAGGCUGGACAUUGCGGACGUGGGCCAAUGUGACUUCCUUGACAGGCCAGCCCCUGAGUCUUUGAUGCAGGCCUUGGAGGACUUGGACUAUCUGGCUGCUCUGGAUGAUGACGGGAACCUCUCUGAGGUGGGCAUCAUUAUGUCGGAGUUCCCUUUGGAUCCCCAACUGGCCAAGGCCCUCCUGGCCUCCUGUGAGUUUGACUGCGUGGAGGAGAUGCUGACUCUGGCCGCCAUGCUGACUGCCUGGCCUUGUUUCCAGACUCCGGUGGCACGCUGGGAGGACGCAGUGGUGGCGCGGCAGCAGGCUCUGCUCCAUCCAGCCGGGGAUCACUUCACGCUCAUCAACGUCUUCAAUGCAUUCCACCAGCAGAGUGACCCAGAAAGCUGGUGCCGGAAACAUGCGGUUAGUGAGGCAGCCCUGCAGCUGGCCGGAGCAGUGCGGACAGAGCUCUUGGAUGUGAUGCAGCGGAUUGAGCUGCCGGUUUCCCCGCCAGCCUUUGGCAGCGACAGCAAUAUCCUGCAACUGAAGCGAGCCCUCCUCACCGGCUUCUUCCUCAAGGUCGCCCGGGACAUCGACGGCUCAGGCAACUACCUGCUGCUGACCCACAAGCACUUGGCCCAGCUGCCCACCAGCUGCUGCUACCGACUGCGCCGCCCACCCCCACGGCCUCCCUCCUGGGUGCUCUACCACGAAUUCACUGUCUCCCAGGACAACUGCCUGAGGAUCGUCUCUGAGAUCCCGCCUGAAUUUGUGGCUGAACUGGCUCCCCAAUACUUCCUGAGCAAUUUGCCGCCCAGUGAGAGCCGGGACUUGCUGAUGGAGCUGCGGGGGAAGUUGGCAGAGGACACCCCCCUCCCGGGUCAAGGGGAGAGCCCCCAGACCCCCAAAGCGGAUGAGGAUGCAGGAGAUGCCUGUGUGCUGCAGUGACCCUGGUGGAAGAAGGGAAGAUGGCCAAGUUCGUGGCCACUGCAGGAGCCCAGAGGCUUUGGGCUGCCCAGGUUUCCCCCAGGGCACGAAUGAGGCCAUCUGAGUGCCUGCCAGGCUCCUGGGCAGAAGAGAGGGCAGGGCUGGGGAGCCCCAAACAGACUGCUUUCAGGACUGCAUCUUAGCUGGGGAGGGAAGGGGGGGUCUGCUUCCACAUGGGCAGAGGCAGUCAACUGUGGAUCUGCUGCCUGGCCAUGUGAGUAGGUCUCUUCUGGGGUCUGAUGGCCUUUUGGGGGGGCAGCCCACUCCUCAGAGAAAGGCAUAAGGUAGAUGGGGUGUCUUUGUUCACCUUGGCAUCUGCUCUUCAGUUGGGUGCUUUGGCAAGCAGUGGGGUACCCUUUUUUAUUUAUUUACAUUUAUAUCCCGCCCUUCUCCGAAGACUCAGGGCGGCUUACAGUGUGUAAGGCAAUAGUCUCAUUCUAUUUGUAUAUUUACAAAGUCAACUUAUUGCCCCCCCAACAAUCUGGGUCCUCAUUUUACUUAUCUUAUAAAGGAUGGAAGGCUGAGUCAACCUUGGGCCUGGUGGGACUCGAGCCUGCAGUAAUUUCAGGCAACUGUGUUUUAAUAACAGGCUAUCUUACAGCCUGAGCCACCACAGCCCAGUUGACUGCUUGUGGAGGGGUUGUGGUAGGUCCUGGAGACCCCCUAGACUUCUAUGUCUGCUCAGUAGGAGAAGAACCUGCCAGCUCUGUCCCCGCAAAUUCUCCAAAGGGUUGCUUUCCCUUUUUCUCAGAAGCUGUUUGUGGAGAGGGGGUUUAUACUCCCCCCUCCCUUUGUUUCAGCUACAGUGGGGGUCCCUGCUGAGUAUCCAGAAUGUUUUGUGAAUGGGGGGAGAGCCUGGGGUACUGGGACUCUUGCUUUUUCUGUAUGUGCCUCAAAAGCGUUCCAUGUGCCCCCCACCCUCACUUGGGAACAGUGGGUAUAUGGAGAUUGUUGGUCGAAGGCCAGCAGGUUCCGUGGGGCCUGGCCUCCAUUCCCCUGCUGCUCUAGACAAUCCUCCUCCUAGGAAUUAAAUUCUUUUACACAUCCAAUGUGGGUCUGGUCUGGAUUUGGGACUGGAAGGGCACUGGUGGCCAUCAAAGUGCCAGCUAGAAAGACAAAAUUUGGGUGGGGAGGGUAGGAAGGAGGCAUAAGGUUGCCUGCUGGCUGGGAAUAGGUCUGUGGGCCAGGAACUGCCUGGGACCCUGUGUGGGAAUAACAUCCAUGGGUCCACUUGAAGGGCUGGAGAGUUUCCCGCAUGGUUUUCUGGGGUUGGGGAAGGGUCUGGAUGCGAACCAAAUGCCCAGGAUGUGUAAGGACUCCGUUCUGCCACACAGUCUGUCUGUAGCGAUCUUGCACUUGGCGUUCCCCUGCUGGAUCAGGUGAAGGGGAGGGACAGGAAGCAGCGGUGGCUGCCCUUAUGCAGCCCCUUCCCCCCCCCGGGUGUCUUGGGUGGGCAGGCCUGGGGCAGACUGCACUUGUGACAGAGGUAGCCUUGCUGGGAGGCCAUAUCAGAGCCCACUGGAGUCUGGACCUGGACAGUCAGGAGCCUUCAUUGAGUAGGCAAAGACCCCCUUGGCCAGUCAGCAUCAUUACCUGGGCCAGCACAAGUGAAUGGGGCCACCUGGUUGGUGGAGGCUGCCCUGUUCUGACCCAGGCCUUGGGCAGAACCAAGGCUUUCAAAGCGACUCUCACAACACCCUUGAGAAGCCAGAGCACAUCCGUCUCCUGGCAGGCCCCAGGUGGUGCCAGCUGCCUUCAGGCAGUGCCAAGGGGAGGAGAGGCCCUCGGGCAUGAGGGGCCAGGAUCUCUGCCUUCCUUCAAUGGGGAUGCCUGGCGCUACUGGGCUUAGCACUUCCUUGGCCAAAUGCUGCCCUCAGUCCUGGGCACUGGAGGAGCUCCUGGCAGAGGAAACCCCAAGGCAGCCUCACAGAGCCCUUAUCUCCAGAGCUCUUAUCUCCAGGCCUACUUUCCAUGAGGCCGAACUUCCUUGAGGGGGUGGGCGAGAAACCACAGAUAGGAGUCAAUGUUCGUAAGCAUUUCAAGGAAGGCGGGGGGGGGAUUAAAAAAAAGAUCCCGUAAAAGGUCAUAUGGGAAACCCCUUGUUCUUCACCAAACCCACCAAACCCCUCGUUUGGCUGAGGAGACACUCCCUACCCCUCCCAUGGCAUUUGUCCAGCGGGACCACCUCCCUUGGUCCCUGUUGGUAACCCAGAGGAGGGCGGCUGCAGAGGGCGGUAUAGAAAAGAUAAGACAGUAUGAGCUACUUCUUUUAAGUUAGGGGUCUGGCUGCAGUAUAAGAGUUAGAGGGUCAGGUGAAUGGAAUUCCCCCCCACCAAAGGAACAUUUCCUCUGUGCUCGCUCUUCUGCGACAGCCAUAUGUCUGUCUGCCCAAUGACUGACAGAAACGCCUCCCUUGUGUGCCCACUUCCUGGGCCCUGCAAGCUGCCUCUCUGCUGGGCUAGCUGGACAUGUAGACCAAGAAAGCAGGAUGUGGUGAAGCUCCAGGAUCGCCCCUUCCCUAGCUUUGCUCCUGGGGGAGGCUUUGCGGUACUCCUUCCAUGGCUUCCAAAGCCUUUGUGUGGAGCCUCGGGGGGGGGGGGGCUGGCACCCUCCCUGGACCCCUGAAUAGAGCUGAACCAGCAGACGAGGGAAGCAGUAGGCAGGGGAUGGGCCUGGUGGCUGCAAGAAGGCAUUCAAGUCUACUCCACCCCAGCCCCCUUGAGAGGGAGUGAGGCCGGAAUUUUUAAGAUGACACCAGGCCCUCAAAGCUUUGUAAAUCCACUUUGGUGGGCGGGCUGUGGGGAUUCGAAUGAAAAGGGCAGUGGCAGGGUGGAGUUCCCUAUCCCUACCAUAGUUUCCCCUCCUGGCAGAAGAAGCCAAGAGCGGGGGGAGUACAUGGGCUGUCCCAAGCAGGAGAGUCUGGCCCUGCAGACCAUAACGGUUCCACUACCUGAGCUUAGGAGUGGCUGGGGAAGGAUUCCAAAAUGCAAGGGCCUGCAAACUCCCAAAGAAUGCUGAACUGGAUCCACCCACAGCCUUGUCUGGCAGUGGCCAGUCAGCUACCCCCAAACAGGACUGGUGAGCCACAGUGCCCACCAUUCAGGUUGACUUAGUCACCUCACCUCACCACCUUGGUCCAGCUGGCAGACUGGUGCUUCCUGCUUCAUCUUCUGGCAGCUAAAUUCCACAGGUGACCUCUGUGUAGGUGAAAUUGUCCCUCCUUUUGGCUACUGGGUUAUCCUCAGUAGCAUGGAGGCUUAAUUGCCCUUGCUGACUCUUAUCUCCUUUUUUUCAAGUUUUCUUUCAAGUCACAUUUCUUCCUACGGAGGAGCUUUCAUUCUUUGAUGGCUUCUCUGACACAAAUGUCAGCCAGGUUCCUCAGGCUCUUCCAGACACCUUUUUUUUCAUAUCUUGGCAGAAAUCUAGCUCAGAAUUCAAAACUCGGCUUAGCAAGUUGCAGCAUUCUGUAUUUUAGAAGGCAGAAUGUCCUUCAAUGUAGAACCCACCACAGGUGGCUCCAGCUCCCUCAUGUAUAUGCUUACUAGCACUUCAUAGUUGCUUCGAGGCUGUGUUGUGUCUUCCAGUCUCUUUGUCAGCCAGACUUCUGGAAUCUGGAAGGCAGCAAACUUCUCUUGAAAAGCUAUCCAGCCAACCAUCAACUGCUCUGGCCCUCUGAGACCAGUUUCUCCUGAGGCUUGUAGCUGCUUUUCCUCCAGGCUUCCUGAAGGCCCGGGGAACCUGAACUCUUCUCCACAGCCCCCUCUGACUGGCUUUGUCUUUGUCUCCCUGUAAGCACCCCGUCUCCAAACUUCCCCACCUCCCAUGAUAGAAGGAGUGGUGGUGGUCAGUCCUGCCUCCCUCGCCUUGCUUUCCCUGCCCAGAGGGCAGUUGUCAGACACUUGCAAACUCUGUCUUCAGAGAGGGAAGCAAAUUGGCUCUGAGGGCAAUUCCCUCUCUCCAGACUGAUGGACCCACCACAAAGGGCGUCCCCUUGGCCUCUUCCCCCUGACCUUCCUGCCAGACGCCUGUGUGUUUGCUCAGUCAAUCCUUUGAGAGCCCCAUCUUUUGAUAAAUCAUGUCUUCCUUCUUUGCCUUUAGAACGUGUAAGGCCACCCGGCUCUACAGCAUACCGGGCGGCAUACAAUACAAUAAAGUCAUUAAACAGCAAACAAACCUCACUUCUUUCAGGUAGCUAUUGCAAAGCUGUCUCCCAUGCAGGCCCCAAGCCAGGUUUCUAGGGCUCCUUGACCCACAGCCAUCUUGAGAAGAGGGGAAGUCACGCUUGCCACUCAAACCACAUCUCCACGGAGCCUUGGCAAGGCAGUUUCCUCUCACGGUGGCACAGUUGGGCCGUGUCCUCUCAUUUUCUCACGGCUGUCUCAUGCUUUGCAGAAGUCAGGGAAUAGCAUAGCCAGAACACCCAGAGGCUGUUUUCCAAUUCUUGCACAGUCUGUGCCCCUGAGUCAGGCAACAUCUCUUCUAUUGCCCUGUCUUUCAGCUGCUUUAUACCCUAAAGAUGGUUGUGAUUAUCUUGGCUUAUGUUUGCUGAUUCUGGGGGUCUGGAAUCCCCAGGCUCAGUCAUAUACAGCGGCACCUAAUUCUAUGGUGUUUUGUAAAUGAACAACUUCCUGCUGGAAUUCCUCCUUACCUAGCACAGCUGGUGUCUCAUCGCUUCCAGGGGUGGUACUAAGGACAGUCUGUCUUAGCCUUACCAUGGAAACUCUGACUUGUUCUGGUAAGAAUAUUUUUUCUAUUACACCCCCACAAACCAGAGUGAGUAAGAAUCCUUCCAAAAAAUAUCCUUCCUCUUUUUCACCAGCCUCCAACCUGUGGUAUCCCAGGGGUUAGGCAGGACCAGUCUUGGCAACUCCAUUGUGGGAUAGCUGAUUGGUCUUUUAGGUUGGUGGGCAAAUCCUGUGACUUCUCCUCUGUGGCCAGGAUGUAGGUGCAGGGACAGCACCCACCCACCCCUCUGGGCUGUUAAAGAUGUAACUUGAGACCAUCCUUGUUUACAGCUAAUGUGUUCAUCCACCUUUAGGCUUACUGUCCUGCAUAAUGUGUUUUGCAGUCCAAGGAAAAAUAGGCGUCAACCAAUUUCCUUGUGAUUCUGCUUUAUCUGAGGCAGGCCUGGGUCAUCCAUGUUUAUAGCCUGCUCAAGUGAGCCAAAGUUACCUAACAAAGAUUGAGGUUUGAAAAGGUGGCACAUCUCUUAGCUGGUCCAGUGUUUAGGUGGCCCCUUGUAAGCCUUCCUCCUACGUGUAUCUUUCUGACUCUGCCAGACAUUCAUGGCAUCCUGGCAUGACUUUGGCCUGCAGGGUGACACAGCGUCUCCCAGCCUUUGCACAAGGAAUGGGAUAAGGCAACUACAGUACUUGCCCCAUGGACAUUUUGCCAUCUCUCCCUUCAGAACAGAGUGGGCCUGGGCAGGGAGGGGGUGGCUCAGAAGUAGUUGCUGCAUCUUGCUGCAGUUGUAACUGGGAACUUCUCCCCUCCCCCCCCCAUUUAUCCUUUCCAACUCUCACCUCUUCUUUGCAACAACCUGACCCGGUAGUUAUCUGUUGGUCCAGGUUAGGGUUAGGAUUAGGGUUAGAAGGAAAUGAGCAUAGACAGCCCCAAGAAGGAAAUGAGCAUAGACAGGUUAAUAAUUUGUUUCUAUUUCAUGGGCAUUUGAAAUCAAACAACUGUGAAGCCACCUGAAAGCUCAAUGAAAGGAAUGAAAGGUAAGAGCAAAAUGCCCAUUUUAAUGCCUUCUUAUUGUGCUGGCUGGAGGCCAGUGUCUGGGGCAGCUGAGGGGCUGAUCCACGACUCUGAGCUGCUGAACUUUUCCCUUUGGAUCUGGGGCUGAAGCUCCUAAGUAAGACCAUACAUGGGCACCAGCCAUCGGAAGGGAGAGAUCUGCCAUGGUUAGGCCAAUCGGGAUCUGUGUAUAGCAUCUUAUUAACCCCUCCUGUGAGCUAAGUGGAAGAAUUCAGCUUGGAGGGUUUUUCUUGCUCAAAGGGAGACCCCCCUGCCCACCCUGCGGGCAGAUUCUCUCCACUUUCUCAGUGGAGAAAGUGGUGCCUGGUGCCCAAAGGUAUGAACGUGGACAGCUGCCUCCCUCUUUAGUUGUGGACCCCAGAUUCAUAGUGGAGCCACAGGAAAUGUUGCGAAAGGUCAGGGAGUCUUGGUAGACCAUGCACAAGCCAACCAUGUUAUACAGCUGCAAGAAAAGUCAACCCAGCUGCAUCAAGGGAAGUCGACUGCCAAGCUUAUUGGACAUCAUAGUUCCUUUUCUAUUCUGCACUGGUCAGACCACGCCUAGAAUAUUUUGUCCUGAUUCUGGGCAUUGCAUUUAGGAAGAACACAGAUGUGGAGGAUCCAAAGAAGAUCAGAGCUGGGAAAAAGCAACUCACGAGCUGCUGGAGGCAGUGUGUAUGCCCAACCUGGAGAAGAGCCAUCUGCUUGGGCACAUAAUAGUCAGCCGCAAACAUCAGAAGGGAGUGUGUAUGCCCAACCUGGAGAAGAGCCAUCUGCUUGGGCACAUAAUAGUCAGCCGCAAACAUCAGAAGGGGGACAGGUAGAAGGCACGGCAGAGUCAUUCCAGAAUGGGGCUAAAUUGCAAGACAAGAAAGAACGGGGCUAAGUUGCAAGAAGGCUGGUCAGAUAUCAGCAAAAUUAAGGGUCAGGUUCUUCAAGACCGGAAGAGGCUGCCCUAAGAGUCAGUGAACGCUUCCUGGUUGGAGGUACUCAAAACAUGGGAGGGGAGGGGGGGCGUCUGUCCCUGGGGGAUGCUGUGCAGUGAAGCCAAGAAUUUCUCUGCAGGGCAGGAGGCCCGGCUGGAUGAUCCAGGAUCCUUUCCAGCCCUUCUAUUCUGAGGUCCUGGAGAAGCUCAUCAAAUAACCCAGUGUUGUAACUUUGACUGUAACUUUGUUGCUUGUAUUCUUAUGAUUUAUACUGAUAAUGUUUCCUCAUUGCUUAUUUGUACCCUAUGACUAUUAUUAAGUGUUGUACCUUAGAAUUCUUGAUGAAUGUCUCUUUUCUUUUACUUACACUGAGAGCAUAUGCACCAAGACAAAUUCCUUGUGUGUCCACUCACACUUGGCCAAUAAAAUUCUAUUGUUCUAUUUUUGUAGUCUGCUGGCAACAGAGCUGGCAGCAGAGUCAGACAGUGAGAAGGCUGGGGAGGAACAUGGGCCAGGCCUGGAGUCUGGGGAAGGCUCGGAUGAGGGCUCUGCGUCAGAGGCAGAGAAAGGGCCAUCUGGGAGGUAUGUGCUGCCUCCAGAGUCAGACCUCAGCAAGGCAGAGGAACAGUGGGAGUCUGUUCCCAGCGAGUGCAUGCACAGAGCUGCCAGAAGGCAAGAACAGUUAAAACCAAAGGGACGAUUCAGGAGUAGGGCUUGGAGAUGAUUGGUCCCUCCCAUAAGACUUAAAAGAGGAGCAAAGGCAGGUGGCCCUUUGCAGGAAGCAACGUUGUUAAUUCUGUGCAGUUUAAAGUCUGAAGCUCUGUUUGAUUCUAGACUCUGUGUGGCUUUGCCAAUUAGGUCUUUGGCAGCAUGUCAAGGGAGAUAAAGGUGAGUGAUUAUCAGCCUUAUUCCAAAGGACUCUACUGUUCUGUUCAUUCUGUGAACAAUUCUGUUCAUUCACAGAUGAGUUCCAAAUAGUUGUAAUUUGGCUCCUGUCGUGUAGAGCCCCCUCUGGCAUCACCCCAAGCCCAAUUGUCAGUGGGGCCAGGAAGAAGCUGCCUUGUCCAUAGCAGCUCCCUCUCUGCAAGGGAGAGUCCCGGGGUGGGGGAUGCCCUGACAGCUUCUCCCUCCCUUGCCCGCCCCCUCCUCCUGUGUCAGAGGUUUCCUCCCCUCCCCCAUCAGAAAUGGUAUAUUAGGUCAGCCCUCCUCCUGCCUUCCUCUCAGAGGACCAAAGGACCCACAGAGAGGUAAGUGCUCUGGGGAAGGAGGAGCAGCCAAUUCCCUGUCAGAAAGGGAAGCAGGGGUUCUGGGGGUAGCCACAGACCCCUCUGCUGGGGGCCUUGGCUGCUGGCAGAGUGUCUUCAGAGGUUUCAGCCUUUUCCCCCGCUGCCUUCAAGUCAGUAUUGACUCCUGGACUCUGCCUGCAAUUUUUUUGGCAAGAUUUUCAGCCAGGGUUUGUCUAGCCUCCCCUUGCCUAAGGCUGAGAGGGAGGGAGGGGCCCAGCUAGCUUGGGGCCUCUGCCCCUAGCACAACCACCCCAGCCCAGUUCCGCGCUUGGGGGGUGAUGCUCAAAGGAGGGGCUAGGUUAGAGCCAUGGGGGCUUCCCAACCAUGAUCUCACAGCAGAACCUCUCACUUUCCUCCUCCCCAGCCAGGCCAGUCUCCCACUGGACUCCCUUUGCCUCGCCUCGCACAGAUGCUGCUGGGAAAGUGGGCAGUUUUGGUGGCUGUGGUGAUGGAGGCCACAGCUGCUUUUCCCUCCUCAUGUAAGUGCUUGGUUUGCCAGUUUUUUCCCAGAGGGGGCCAGGAGCCAGAUAUCUCGGUCAUUUGCAGGUGACUGUACCCAAAGCACACUCCCUAGAGUUCUCCCAAAUUUCAGGGAUCUCCCCCCUCCCCCGCCCCAACCUGAAUGAAAAAGCCAGCAUUAGCUACCUCAGAAGUGGCGGGAAAUUUCUGGCAGAGAAAAAAGUCAUCCAUGUAUAGACAAGGGCAGAAGAGCAGAGCCAGCUGGCCUCCAAGUUUCUUCCUUUGUUUCCUUGAAGGAAAAUUUGCCAUUUCUGCCAGAACAUAACAAGUGUUGCGGUUCUGGUAGUGAAGAUGAGCAAUUAAGAAAUCAGAGCCAUAGGUACAGGAAGGUUUAUUUAUUUAUUUAUUUCUUUAUUAUUUAAAUUUCUAUACUGCCCUUCUCCUGAAGGACUCAGGGCGGUUUACAGCCAAAAGAAAAGUCACUAUAAAAGUUAAAACCAAUUUAAAAGCAAAAAUUCAAAGUUGGCUGGACCAAUUAAAACCAAUAAAAACCCCAUUUAAAACCAUUUAGGCCAGUCCUGCGCGAUGAAACAAAUGUUUUCAGCUCGCGUCGAAAGGUCCAGAGAUCAGGGAGUUGGCGAAUACCUGGUGGUAGCUCAUUCCAGAGGGUUGGUGCCCCCACAGAGAAGGCCCUCCCCCUGGGGGUCGCCAGCUGACAUUGUCUGGCCGACGGCACCCUAAGGAGACUCUCCCUAUGGGAGCGCACUGGUCGAUGGGAGGCCGCCGGUUGCAGCAGGCAGUCCCGUAAGUAACCCAGUCCUCUGCCAUGGAGCGCUUUAAAGGUGGUAACCAACACCUUGAAUUGCACCCGAAAGACCACCGGAAGCCAGUGCAGCCUGCGCAGGUUGGGGGUUAGAUAUGCCCAGGAAUGGGGCAGAAGUCGGGAAGUGGGCAGAUGGCAGAGCUAGCCCUCCCCACUUCUUCCACACAACUACCACAAGAAGACAGCAGGCAAGGAAGUCUCCGCUUCCCCCACCCAGGGAAGAAGCACAGGAUCUGGGGGAUGGAGCUUUUCUGGAAGGACAGGAGAGCAGCCAAUGCCACGCCCCCCUGCAUGGAGUGAAGACAGCACACUGUUAAUGCCACCUGCACAAGAGGUGCCGAGAUGUACUCUGGGGCUUCUGGUGGCAGCAUCCCAUCCUCUGCUGCUCUGGAAAACAGUAGGCUUUCCUCAAAAAGCCUGUGCACCCCAAAAUUUGGGGCUGGGGGUGGAGCCCCCCAGAAAAAAUAUCUGUCCACAAUAGUUGCCCUGAAUGCUCAUCUUCAGGGCUAAAAGCAUGCCAGCCUGGCAGGAUCCUUUCCAGUCCCUCUGAGUCUCCAGUCUGGCAUUUUGCCUUUAGUGCUGAUUAAGAACGAAGAUGCCAACAUAACCCGGAAUUGCUUCGGUUCCCCUGGAGAACAAGUGGAGUGGAAACAGAAUGGCCAGACGCUGGAGGACUCAGGUGGAGAGCUUGUUAUUAACAACCUGGACAUCCCUUAUGCCGGAAACUAUUCCUGCUGGGCUGGACCCCGGCUGCUCCAAAGCUUCUAUGUGGUCAUGUGGUUGAAUCAUAGCUACUUCUUCAAGGCAGAAGG